AUGUUGCCGCACGCGGUGAAUAGGAGUAGGGGCAAUCUCGCACGCUGCAUGCAUACGGUGAAUCGCGUCGCGGCGCCAAUACUUCACGACUCCUUCAAUGCUACAGGCAACACAUCCGCGCAGCAACUCCAUGAUGCAGAACCGCAACCCCCUCCCGUGCAAGGGGUGCACGCGCUGAACCCCACAUGGAGCACCCCAUACGUGCAGCCCGUGGUUGUAGGGGCGCAUAUGCCCGCGUUCCACCCACAACAACUGGUCAAUGGGCUCCACCUAGCACCGCGGUCACACAUUCCGUUUGCGGCAGCGUCGGUCGCGUUUCAAAAUCAGCAGGAUGAUUUGACCGCGCAUGGAGUAUCCACGCCUCAUGGACAACACAUCGCGUCCUCGUCCAUGGCGACAAGCCAGCCCUUUGGCAUGCCUGUGCGUGGCUUCGUAGGGCCGCAGUACGCGAAUGUGGGGUUCAGGUACGGGUACAUCGGCGUUCAACCGGACCCCAUGGUGCACGCACCAGCAUAUGUCGCGACGCCUCCAGUUGCGCCGUCAACUCCAUUCCCCAGCGCGAUCCAUCCGGAAAUCCAGCCGACUGUGCAAGCCCCUCCAGACCCUAGAGAGCAGGUAGCUGUCGGUGUGGACACACUAGCGCGAACAGACGGCCCAUCAUCAAACGCGGUAGCCGAUGGCUUUGGGCGUGCGGUGAAUGCAACCGCGCGUGCACAUUCGCCGCCAAUAUGGAACGUGAACUCACUGUUGCCGGGAAACCCGGACGUCCACAUCCGCGCCCCGACGCAACUUACCGCAGCGGACGCGACCGGUGUAGGUGAGCAACCAACCACGAACGCGACCAACGCGGGGCGUGGAGCGGGAGCUAGAGGAAACUCGGGAAGAGGAAGAGGGACUGGUACGAGAGGAAACGCGGGAAGAGGAAGAGGGACUGGUGCUAGAGGGAACGCGGGAAGAGGGACAGGUGAGAGAGGGAACGCGGCUAGAGGGAGAGGAGCGAGAGGAAGGGGUGGGAGAGCGAGCGCGGGACGAGGGACAGGUGUGGGAUCGAACGGGGGUAGUGCGAACGGGCAAGGAGCGCCUGGGGUGACGGGCAAAGGCGGUACCGGGAACGGGCCAGUUAAUAGACCGCGCAUAAGGAGGCGGCGAGUGGAUGUCGUGCCUCACACGGCACGCAACGGCUCCCGGGAGGGGAGCGAGGGUCCAAGCGAUGAGGAUGACGCGGACGACGAUGACGAAGCGGACGACAGUUGGAACGACGAUGACGACGCAUACCUAUCGAACUCGUUGUCCGCGCUCAACGAGGAUGAGGCAGAAGACAACGAACGGGUGCGGGGUACGCGGAGGGACGAUGAGGUCCCUAUUGCGGAUUGGAACCGGCUUGGCGUGGACGACACGCCGGCCGCGAAACGCGAGAUGUGCUACGGAAUCCUCUACGGUGUCUCUGAGGCCACGCUGAAGAAGUAUCGCGGUUGGGCCACCGAGUACAAGCGGUUUAUGGCGCACGAGCUGCCUAAACUGGACGCGGGUAGGUUUGGUGAGGAGGCCGCGUUGAGAAACGCGAACCCCGACGAGAUUGGGGCCGCGCUCGAACAGGACAUGGGUGGUGAGUGGAAGUUGGCGGAGGGCGACGAGCAGUGGUUCCACGGCCCUGAGACGAAUCCGUGGCGGCUAAGGAAAUACGUGACAUUCCUGGCGAACGAGACUGUCGCACAGGCGGAUAGGAUGGCAACACUGAAGCGGCCCGACAAGACAUUGAAGAAGAGACGCCAGUGCACCCCUGCAAUGCUGAUGGGGCGUCUGAAGGCUCUGAACAUGCUCAUCAAGCUGGAUGGGGCCAUCUUCAGGAAACCCGUUCUGAACCUGCUGCGCGACUUUGCGGAGUGUCGCAUCUGGGUCCGCGUUCAAGUACGCGACCAGUACAAGCGGUUUAUCGCGGAACACGUGGAUCGCCAUCGGGGCACGGCCGCGGACACAUACACCCCGGACGAGUUCAAGAAGAUGAUGCGGAAGACCAGCAUGGACGCGAUCUUGAUCAGCUUCAAACUGGCCAAGAAAGCCUACACGCAGGCUAUGCAUCGCGACCUCUGCAUCCGGACGAUGACCGUGCUCGGUCAUCACACCCUGGCCCGCGGGUGCACGAUCAGAAACCUACAGCUUCCAGACAUGAUGAUGUGGAAGCUCGGCGCAAAAUCCGAGACCGAUCCAGUGAGGAACGCGUUCAUGUUUGUCUGCGCGUGCAGGACUGGCAAGACAAACAAGGACUUCUCGCUCAACUACAUAUCUGCUGUCAGGCACAUAGACUGGACGCUGUGCGCGGUCGGUGCCACGCUGCUGUGGCUGCACUGGGUGUACGACUUGGUUCCCAUUCUCUACGAAGACAUAGCCCCCCCUCUCGACUUCACGGAACCCUCGACGUGGUACGAUCAGUACCUAUUCUUCCCCCUUUGCGCGGGCACCGAAAAGCAGAUACCGCCCACGACUCAUCACGACUGGGCGGCGAAGAUUCUCGAUGACGCGGGAAUCACGUGCUCGCGUGUUGUACACGCGACCAGGGCUGGGGGGGCGCAGCACGCGUCCGUGGACGGAAUGCCAUCGGAUCAGCUGGCAAGGCUGGGGGGUUGGCGCUUCAUAGACGUGAUGACUAAGCACUACCUCACAACCAUUCCGAGGGAGGCCGUGCUGCUGAAGGCGGGCUUCACCGGGGUUGACGGUGACUACUUCCUGGGUCGCGCAACUGUUCCGGUGAGCGAGAAGCUGGAGGAGCUACUGAAGAAGCACAUUUUCCCCUGGGCCGCCGAGGACAAAGGACAGAAACAGUGCAAGGAGUACAACCGCAAGAUGGUCAAAGAGCAGAAGCCGGAGAAGCAGGACACCGCGGGGCUAAACAUCCUCAAGGAGCUGGAUGGGGAGGCUAGGAUGGCGGUCGCGCAAGACCUGGCGAUGUAUUACAUUCACCAGCCGGAACACCCGAUGGACGCGCAGAACCAGGUGACCGUCCUCACUGAGUACCUGACUCGUUCACAAGCGGACAACACCAGGCUGGGCGUAGAGCUGGCCGCGACACAUAAACGGGUGCAAGAGCUGGAGGGGCUGCUGGAGGAUCGCGACAGGCAGCUGGUCGCGAAGGACGAGCGCGUGAAUGCUUUGGAGGCCCAGCUGUCGCGUCUCACCAUGAGCAGCUCAGAGCCGCCCGCAGCACACACUCCAGGUGCCGCGGCCGGUCCUGCAAAGGCGGAACCGACCACCGACCAGGGUACGUGGAAAAAACCCGCACAGCCAACAAGGGAGGAGACGAUUAGGGACGCGAUCGUGCAGCCAUGGGUCGACGCGGCCAAACCAUCGGACGCAUGGAAGCUGUACAAGUCCACGCACCCGCUGGUCGGAGAGAGUCCGGAGUCGCUCCUCGCCCAGCCCCGCGGUGCAGUCACGCGGUUGGCCGAGCUCAUUGGGAAGGCGGGAGGCGGCCCGAACGCGAUCAACCGUGUCAAGCGAGUCAUGGACUUCGUCGCCCACAGGGUGGAGCAAGGGGACAACCUCGCGGUUGUGCUCGACAAGCUCGACCUUGUGUCUGUAACCGUGGGCAUGUCGGGUGUGUCGGAAGGGAUCGCGGUGAAGAAGAAGAGUGUUGACGUGUCCCUGAGCGAGCUGAAGAAGGGUUCCCCUGCGGAGGUGCAGUUGCGGGUGAAGUGGAUGCUUGUACGCGACCGCUUUAUUGAUGCCUCUCUUCCCGCGUCAGAGUUUCUGGUCGCGUGGCCUCAGUACUGUGCCCAGAUGCCCCCGCUAGCGUGA